UAUCAACUCUUCCACCAUGGCGACCAGCACUCAAGUCAACCCCCCUCCUUUCCAAAAGGGCUCUGUCGGCGCCUACAAGGAACUGGCAUACGGCAAAUAUGACAAAGAGCGUGAAUUGGAUCUCGCGGCCAAAUUCGGUGCUGCCUCGUAUCCCAACUACCUCCCCGUUUGGGACAAUGAAAAUGGCGAGGUUUACAAGCCUCUGACGCCUUUUGAACAUUAUGAGCAUGGAAAAGACGCUGAUCCGACUUUUCCCAACCUGCUCAAAGACGGCACCACCAUCGAAGACAUCACCGCUUCCAUCGGCGCAGAAGUCAAGGGCAUCCAACUGUCACAACUGAACGACGCAGGCAAGGAUGAACUGGCCUUGUUGGUCGCUCAAAAAAAGGUCGUUGCCUUCAGGGAUCAGGAUCUCGCCUCACUCCCCAUCGAGAAGGCAUUGGACCUCGGCCGAUACUUUGGAAGACUGCAUAUCCACCCAACAAGUGGCGCACCUGCUGGCUAUCCUGAGGUCCAUCUUGUCCACCGGGCUGCGGAGGACAAGUCAGGCCUUGAGUUCUUAAAUAGCCGGACGAACUCCGUUGCUUGGCACUCAGAUGUAACGUAUGAGCAAAAUCCGCCUGGAACCACAUUUUUGUACGCUCUCGACGUUCCCAAAGCUGGCGGUGAUACUCUGUUCGUCAACCAAGCCAAGGCAUACGAGAGACUCUCGCCUGCCUUCCGUGAGCGUUUGGCAGGUCUCCAGGCCGUGCACUCGGGAUAUGAACAGGCUACCGCGGCUCAGAACCGGGGAAGCUUCGUCCGACGCAACCCAGUCUCAUCCAUUCACCCUGUCGUGCGAACCCACCCGGCCACCGGAGAGAAGGCGCUUUUUGUCAAUCCCCAGUUCACUAGGUAUAUCGUGGGCUUCAAGCAGGAAGAAAGUGAGUAUCUGCUCAAGUUCUUGUAUGACCAUAUUGCUUUAUCGGCCGAUAUCCAAGCUCGCGUUCGCUGGCAACCGGGCACCGUUGUCGUCUGGGAUAAUCGUGUGACGGCCCACUCGGCCUUGGUCGACUGGGAUGACGGUCAGCGACGGCACAUUGCCCGAAUCACUCCUCAGGCAGAACGCCCGACUGAAUCAUAA